ACCACCUAUAUAAUGCGACACUACACUACGGACCACCUAUAUAAUGCGACACUACACUACGGGCUCUCUCAUCAACUAAACUUUUUUCAGACACAUUGAAAAACAAACACAAAAAAGAAAAAAAAAAAAAGAAGAAGAAAGAUGAGAAAAUUGGUUCUUGUAAUAUUGUUUUGGUUAACUUUUGUUCUCGGUCAAAGCCAAUGCAAGGCCGGCACCGGCAUUGAAUCCAUUAUUAGCCGAGACCUUUUCAAUCAAAUGCUCAAGUAUCAUAACACCCACAAAUGCCCAAAGAGGGGGUUCUACACUUACAAGGCCUUCAUUAUGGCUGCUCGAUCUUUCCGCGCCUUUGGUACCACCGGUGGUGUCGAAACUCGCAAGAGAGAAAUUGCUGCAUUUUUAGGCCAGACUUCCCAACAAACUACAGGUGGAUGGCUAACUGCACCAGAUGGUCCAUACGCAUGGGGAUAUUGUACAAUUACUAAAAAUGACACAUCUGGUGGAAAUUUCUGUGAUUCUCCCCAUUGGCCUUGCCCCGCCGGUAGAGAAUACUACGGCAGAGGACCUAUGCGACUCACCUACAACUUUAACUAUGGACAAGCGGGUAAAGCAAUAGGACAAGAUCUUAUUAAUAAUCCCGAUUUGGUGGAAACAAACGCCGUGAUAUCAUUCAAGACAGCGAUUUGGUUCUGGAUGACCCCGCAGGGGAACAAACCCUCAUGCCACGAUGUGAUGACCGGAAGAUGGACACCGUCGGCAGCUGACAGGGCAGCGGGAAGGGUACCAGGUUAUGGGGUCAUCACCAACAUUAUUGAUGGAUCUGAGUGUGGAUGGGGUGCAAAUCAGGAAGUGGCGGAUCGGAUCGGGUUUUUCCAGAGGUAUUGCGACAUGUUGGGAGUGAGCUAUGGAAAGAACUUGGAUUGCUACUUCCAGCAGCGCUUUUAGUAGUGAGACAAAUCCGCGCUUGUUGUCGGUUGGGAGAACCUCUUAAGUUUUUUUCUUAUUAGAUUCUCUUUUUCGUAAUCAAAUGUUGGGUAUUCAUCCAUCUUGGUCUUAUUUACUACUAUAAGUUAUUUUCUUACUAGAUUCUCUGUUUCGUAAUCAAAUUCCGGGUAUUCAUCCAUAUUGGUCUUAUUUA